AUGGCCGGAGUCAUCAGCCCGGUGAGUCGUUUCAAGGGAACGUGUCAUUGGCCACAGUACUCAUGCUAGCAUGCCAGACCGAAGGAAAGAAUCUACGAUUGUUGGAUGAUAAUGUCUGGAACCUCACGGUGCAAGUCCAGGAAGAGCCAAGGGACGAUGAAUCACCAACAACUCUUUACAGCCGCUCCUGUGGUGAUGGCGACUUCGUCCUUGGGGCUGGGCAAGUCGUGGGAAUUGCCCUGGGAGGCGCCGCAGCCAUUCUCAUCGCGGGAUUGCUGGGCUUCUUCUGUCAUCGGCACUCAGUGGAAGGGGCGGUAUCGUCCAGACAUAUCCGGCGGAGUUCCUAUCCUGUGCACUACCAAUCCAAGUACACAGAUCCUGGGAAUCGACCUCACAGGCCAUCACGGGCUGCGGCACCCCGAGGUUCCCCGUCGGAGACUGGGAUAAGAAGAGGAUGGAGCAACUCAUUGAGGAGGCAGAAAAAGCCUAG